GCGAGAGUACCGGGUACCGCCGAGCUGCGCAAGGGAGGACCCAGAGGAGGUGCAGAGACAGGUUUUGCUGGACAUGUACCAGGCGUUCGCACUGGACCUGCACGCGGGCGUGUACCUGACACAGCUCACAUCCAGCAGGGAGCAUUCCGAGAUCCACGUUCAGUUGAUGGACGACCUAAUGACUCUGAAGAUGGACCAGAGCAAUGGCCAUAUUGUCGAGUUCCCUUUGACGAGCGUGUCGAAGGACCCUCGCGAAGGACGUCCUCGCAUCCCACUAGAUCAAGGGGGUCAUCGCUUAAAAGGGAGCGAGGUGUACCGCAUCAGCAUCGACGGCCAGAGAACCAGAUAUGACGACCAGGACUCCGACGAGGCGUCGGCGCACCUUGUGGUCGUGGAG